CUUAUUAAAUAGUUCUAAAUUGUACAUGCAAGGAGUAAUGUUAAACAGUAUUAAAGCGAGCUGAGACGCGCAAUGCUUUGAAGAACGAAAUUUACGAUGGGUGCAAUGGAGUAUCCUGCAGCGCUGUCUUUCAAUGCAAGCCUUCUUAGUGUAGCUAAUGAGGGAUCAGGCACUGCAUCAGAUAGGAGCGUACAAGUCGGGGCCGAAUUUCAAGCGACUGAUUCAAAUCUUCAUUCACCAGAGACCCUUCCAGAAUACAUAGAAACUGUAGACCUGUGCCAGCCCUUGUGGUCCCCCUCGUCGCAUCAUUUGUCAGACCCAGAAAUAAACGAGUAUCUACAAGGGAUUUCCAAGUUCGGCCAUUUCACCGAAGAACAAGCUCUAGCCAUGCUAACUUUCCACAAUUUUGAUAUCAAAUUAGCCACUGAAGACCUUAAGAAGUAUCGUCCGAUAGACAAUAAAUGGUGCGACAAUGACCGCGUAGCUUUCGAAAAUGCAUUUAAGUUGCACGGAAAGAAUUUUUCGAAAUUGCAAGAAGCAGUGAAUCAUCGGAGUUUGGCAGAUGUGAUUUCGUUUUAUUAUCGUUGGAAGAAACAGAGUAUUAAAACUACAGUUAUGACAGAAUAUAUAAACCAAAUGACAAACAAACAAGACGGAUAUGUGAGUUGGUGGGAUUCUGAAGACGACGAAUAUCUUAUUGCCCUCAAGCGACGAAGACUAGACACCGACCAGCCUCAAACGUCAUCAGGAGUAACAAAACACGACCUACUAGAGUUCAAACCCAAUCACAAAAACUCCAUGUUUGACCUUAAAAACAACAGACACCUGACUUUAAACCGAAAAGUCACAGAUUUGAUCGUAAUAGACGAUGACAACGAAGAGGACGAAAAGAAUUCUUUGGACUCGAAAGGAAGUAUUCUAAAUGGGCAACAAUCGGCUACAACGUCAUCCAGUGGCAAUGUUUCAACCAAUAGUUUCGCUAGUUUGCCAGCUCAUAUGUCUUUAAGUACGAAGCAACUUACAAAACUAGUAGCUGACGCACCAAAUUGGACUAAAAUUAAAGAUGAAAUGGAACGCAGGAAGAUUCAGUUGCAUCAGGAAUUGCAGCAGUUGAAACGAGACACUACUGAGGCGCUCACUAAGUUUCCCAACGACAAGAGUCACUUCAGAGACUCAAGAUUGUGCAAGCGCCUUUUUGAAACCCUGCAACGACAGCAGAAAACACCAAAAUGGGCGCCCAGAGAAACUGAAUUCUUCCUAGUCUCAGUUCGGAAGCUGGGAAUAAGUGAUCUGGAACUACUGGCUGGAAUCAUGGGAACUAAGACCGCACAGCAGAUUGAACAGUUUCUUCCAGAGGCUAGAAUCAAGUUUAGACUGGAUGAUUUAUUGGAUAAGGAAAAGUUGGAAAGAUAUGCGUCUGGCCUGUCCUGCGCAAGUUCUAUCUCGAGUGUAGGCAACAGCAAUGUACAAUUAAUUAAUUCAAAUCUUGUUAACAAUGCAACCGCAGAGCCUUCAGGUAUCAAUCAGCAACCAUCGAGUGCAGCCAGGCAUAACACACCCCCACCACCUUACGAUUUCAGCGUCCGGAAUCGAAGCAGCUUAACCAUGAAUGGAUACCACACGAAUGGACACUCGGCCAAACCUCCGAAUAGCACAAACGGUUUUGUACGCUUUUCUUCGAUUAACGGAAUGAGAAAUAAUUUAAAUCAUAAUCAGCCGAGUAGUCAGUUUGCAUCGAACGGAAGCAGAAUAAUUAAUGGAACUAUUAUGUCUAGUCAAGUCAACGGAAAUGGAAAUACAAACUACAUCGCGGAACCUGAUGAUGAUAUUAUGGAGAUUUUCCCGACCAAAUCUUGAAUCAAAAACAGAACUCUUUGAUUGAUCCUUCCUGAUUUUAAACUGAAAACAGUUUGAUAUUUUAAGGCUAACUUUAAAAUUGUUAAGUGAAACUUAAAUGAGAAUAUAAUUAUAUAAUGAAAUAGUGCUUUGAUUUGGUAUAAUUAAGCAAAUUAGCCUAUAAAUUUACACACUUUAAUUUACUGUCUAGAACUUUG